AUGAAAGUCUAAGAGUCAGAAGUUUAUAAACGUAUAAAACUCCUUGGAUCAGGAGCAUAUGGAAAAGCAUAUGUAGCUGAGAGUAUUAGAGAUGGACAAUUAUGUGUCAUAAAAUAGAUAGAUGUGUCUUUCAUGAAACAGGAUGAGAUUGCAGUAAGAGUAUAUUGAUUGAUAUAGCAAGCAUAUAAAGAGGCUAAAAUAAUGUCAACAUUGAAACAUCCUAAUAUAAUAAAUUUUAGGGAAGUGUACAAAACAAAGAAGGGUAAAUUGUGUAUUGUUAUGGAUUAUGCUGAUGGUGGUGAUUUGGCUUAAAAGAUAAAAUAAACACAAGGUUCUUUGUCAGAAUCUCAAGUACUUGAUUGGUUCACUUAAUUGAGUUUGGCAGUCAAGUAUUGUCAUGAUCGAAAGAUCCUUCAUAGAGAUAUAAAGACUUCAAAUGUGUUUUUAACAAAAGAAGGAAUGGUAAAGUUGGGAGAUUUUGGGAUUGCUAAGAUUUUAUCAACAACAUCUCCUUGUGCAAAAUCAGUUAUUGGUACACCAUAUUAUAUGGCUCCUGAGAUGUUUGAGAAUCAACCAUAUGGAUUUAAAUAAGAUAUUUGGUGUUUGGGAGUAGUUCUAUAUGAAAUGUGUAAUAAAAGACCACCAUUUGAAGGUGAUAAUAUAGCAUAACUUGCUUUAAAAGUAGUUAGAUGUGAAAUAACUCCAACUUUGGAAUAUUAUUCAAUUAAAUUAAGAAAGUAUGCAAUUGCAUUCACUUCUAGCACAGUUUAAUAGGGAAACUUCUCUCUUGUAAAGAACAUCGAAGACCAGCUAUCAAUGAGAUAUUACGUGAGUAAUUAAUCAGAGAUAGAAUCAAGUCAUUUCUAAGUGAGACACUUUAAAAAGAAUAAUAAGUGAUUGAUUAAUCAUAAAAAGCAAAGAAAUCUGUAUAAUAAUUACCUCAAUUGAAAAGACGAGUAGCUACACCAAAAUAAAGAGCUAGUCCUAGUGUUCAUAAAUUACCUGAAAUAAAAAGAACUAUAGAUACACCUGAUUUUAGUAAAAGAGUACAAUUGAAAUAGAAUCAAUCAGUACUUCAUGUAUAAUCUCCUAAAAGAUAAUCUCCAAGAAGAAAGAAUUAAUUAUCAGAAGGUCCUGAGACACCUAAUAAAAUGAUGAAAUCACCUUCACUGAACAUAAGGAUAUAGAGUGGUAAAAUACUUACAGAUAAACAUCUUUUAUUAAAAAAAUAAAUUAAAUCAUUUGAUCGUUAAUAGAGUGGUAGAUAAAUAGUGAAUCAUUAAAGCAAUAUAUUUUUUAGUCCAAAAAGAAAAUAAUUAGAAGAAGAAGAGAAAGUAUUAGAUCCUAUUGAAGAGGCUGAUAGUACUCCAUUGACAUUAACUAAAUCUAAUAUAGAAUUUUAGGAUUUUAAUAAUUCAAUUGAGGAAAGACGAAAGAAAAAUAAAAUUAUAUAUAAAGAUCCAUUUAAAAAAGAUGAUGAAAUGAGUGAAAUGAUAUCAUAAUUGCAAGAAAUAGUUGAAGAUGAUUUUGAUAAUCCACCAAUUAAUGAAUAGAUUAGAGUAUAUAAUUAUUAAAUAAAUUAGAAUUUAAAAGCAAGAUUAAUAUAAAAAUUAGGUAGACAUUUUGAUGAAGUAUUUAAAUAAUGUGUGUAGGCUUUUAAAAAAAAUGGUGAUCUUGGACAAAGUGAAAUGAUUAACAUUCUUUAAUAAAGAUUCUCUGGUGUCUCAAUAAAAAAAGUUUCUGGUAUUGCUACUCUAAUUCUCACCCUCAUUAUUUAAACAAAAGGUGAAACCAUCAAUACUGAAUUUUGA